GCAUGUAUGUCUCUUUCCACAGGAGCUGGAAGACAUCGAAGAGAGACUGAGGGAGGAAAGCCAUGAGCUGGUGGAGAUGGUGUCUCGCCUUCAGGAUGAGAACCGUAAGCUCUCUUCCUCCCUGGCCAAGACUGAAGGAAACCAUAUCCACUCCAAUGGAGCCACACCAGAGAUAGACCUGAAGGUGGUGACCCGCCUGCAGGAGGUCAUUGAGGCACAAAGGGAACAGCUACACAAGACUGAGAACGAGUGCCAUCUUAAAGCCACCGAACUCGACAAUUUAAAGUCACAGCUAGAAAAGGUGAACCAUGUUAAUCGUGAGCUGCGUCGCCGGCAGCGAACAAACGCUACACAGAUGCGAUCCUUGAUUGAUGAGCGGGCUGAGCUGCAGGCUGCACUGCAGGAGGAGACUCGUGCUGUUACCAUCCUCAGGCGAAAAUUGGGAUUGGCUCAGAAGGAAAAUGAAGAUCUGGCUAGUUCCAGUACUGAUAGCUUGGACCUUACAAACAAGUUGGUGUUUGAUCGAGAUGAUCCAAACAGGCCUCGAUUCACAAUGACCGAGCUCAAGGAGAUUCUCUACGAACGCAACGAACUCAAAGCCCGUGUGUCUGAUCUGGAAGAUGAACUGGAAUGUUAG